AUGAGCGCCUGGCCACGGAAGCUCAAGAGCGCCGCUGAGCUUCGCGCGCUGCGCUUGGCAGGCGAGCCGGGGAACGAAGAGACCAGAGGCGAUGCGCCGUCGGGCGAGGUGCAGCUGCCGACCGCUGCGCAGCUGCUGAGUGUGCACCACACGAACGGACGCAACCUCGAUGGCUGGACAAGAGACGACGGGACGAUCCCUGAGCCUCGGCUGCGAGAUCUCGACUUGUUCACCUCCUCCCGGUGCGCAGAAAACACGCAUGUCGUGCCUCGGGACGAGGAGACCGCCAUGCAACUGUGCAUGUACUUGCGUGCCGUCGGAGAGCUUCCCGGCAUCGACACGGUCAAAGAGGCAAACAAGACCGUCUCGCUUGACAACAUGGUCGUGACUUCGUGCAAGUGGAUCGUAUACAUGCACACGGUCCAAAAUCUGUUCUUCGUGCCGCUAGACAUGCCCGUCUACGUCGAGACACUCGAGGAGAGUCUCACAGCCAUCCAUGCAGAAGCGUGUGACGAAGAACCCUCUUCUUGGCACUGGUCCGCGCGCCAAGCGAUGGCUCUCAACGAUGCCUCAGACGAGCCGACAUUGAGAUUCUACCGCUACCGCAUCGUAGUCCUGCCUCGAACGAAGAGGGCCGGAGAGGACGUCGACCGCGGCUUCUACGACUCGUUCGCAAGGAUGCGCACCAACGUGACGGAUCAGAUCGAUGGCCGCUCGAGUACGAUCCGCCGCUUCCAAUCGUGCAGGUGA